UCUGGGGGGGGGGAAUCCUUUCGUAUGGUAAGCUGCGAGCCAAAUUGUUAUAACGAUUCAUUCUAUUAUCUCACAGAUGGCUCGUUUGAACCUGUUGUUCGUUCUUUGCGGGAUCGUUGCGCUGACCCGAGCUUGUCGUCUUCACAGAGGCAUGAACAGGAAAAAGACGACGGUAACUGUCCCAAAGGCUGGACUCAGUUGGACAAGUACUGUUACAUCUUUCAACACGAUCCCAGGACCUUCCCUGAUGCAGAGAGCGUCUGCAACGUUCUCGGCGGGAAUCUGGUCUCCAUCAACAGCCUCAAGGAACAUGCCCUUGUUGUUGAGCUGAUUCGAGAGGGGGCUGGUGCUGUCGUAGACACCUGGAUUGGACUCCAUGAUGCCAUUCUGGAGAACGACUUCGUUUGGACCGAUGGCGAAACGGUUAAUUUCAGAAAUUUUGGUGUUGGCCAGCCCGACAACAAUGGAGUUGAAAACUGUGUCGAGAUUGAGGCCGAUGACUCUCUGUGGGAUGAUGACGAGUGCACGGAUGCAAACCCGUUUGUUUGCAUCAGACCCGUGAACAAAAAACAAUGCCAUUAAGCGGCCAUCUUGGGAUCAUAUCAUCUUGAAUAAUGUCUUUUCAACUUUGUUUGGCUAGUUUCUAUGGCGUCCUUCAAUGUUCAUCAGACAGCCAUUCAUUUUUUAAUGAUUCCCGUCAAUGAAACUUAUUUGGAUGGAUACCACAGCUUUUCAAUAAAUUCCAUUUUCUGAGCAUAAACA